UCGCAUUUUCACCCACAGCUACCAAGCGUACCCAGCCUUAGACGUUACCAAGAUGCCCGUCUUCGGCUCCAAGAAGAGCGCGGCCCCGCCGCCAAAGCCCGCGCCGGCCGCCGCGCGGCGCAAGUCCGACGCCGGCGCGGACCUGCUCUGGCAGGCCCAGCUGAACGCCGACGCGAAGCGCCAGGACGCCCUGGCCAAGAAGCCGGCGGAGCCGCACCGGGGCCCGACGAGCGGCGGGGCCGCGGCCGCGCGCGCGCGGCCCAAGUCGCUCGCCGAGACGAUGGCCAGCCUCGACCAGCUCGAGAAGGCCUCGUCGCUCGACCAUCCGCCGUCCCCCCUGGCCCCUCCUGCCCCCGCGGCGCCGGCGUCGCCGGCGGCCGCCGCGAAACCGCCGCCGCGCGCGGCGCCCGCGGCGGCCGCGCCGCGGCCGCGGCGCCGCGGGGCGCCGACGUACCGGCGGCCGGCCCUCCUCGUCGCCGGCGCGCCGCCGCUCGUGUCGCACCGCUCCAAGCGCCGCGCGAGCCUCCAGAUCGGGGCCGCGCGGCCCGCCGGCGCCGACCUGCUCGAGCGGACGCGCGCGCGCUGGGCCGAGGGCCGGCCGAUCGACCCCGCGCCGCAGCGCUUCUCGACGAGCGCCGGGAGCGGCCCGCCCGCGCCCGCGGCUCCGGCGGCCGCGGCCGCGGCGCCGGCGCCGUUCGCGCCACCGCGCGCGUCCUACGCGCCGCGCGUCGAGGCGCCGGCGCCGCGCCAGGUGGAUCUCCUGGACCCCUUCGCCGCCUGCGCGCCGGCGCCGCGCGACGCGCCGCUGGCCGGCGGCGGCGAGCCGGCGCCGCCCAUGGUCCCGCGCCCCGCGCCCGCGAUGCCCAUGCGCGCGGCGCCCGGGGUGCCCAUGCGCGCGGCGCCCGCGGUGCCCACGCGGACCGCGCCUGCGGUAUCCGCGCGGACCGCGCCGGCCCCCCAGCCCGGGUGGCCCGCGCCGGCGGCGCGGCCCGCGCUCGCCCAUGCCGGGGCGGCGCCGUCCUGGGGCAGCACCUGGACCGCCCCGCCGGCGCAGCGCCCGGCCGCGCCGGCCGCGCCGGCCGCGCCGCCGCCCGUGGCCCGCCGGCCCGCCGCGCCGGCUGCGCCGCCGCCCGUGGCCCGCCGGCCGGCCGCUCCCGCCGCGCCGCCGCCCGUGACCCGCCGGCCGGCCGCGCCGGCCGCGCCGCCGCCCGUGGCCCGGCGCCCCGCGGCGCCCGCGGCGCCGCCGCCAAUCGCGCGCCGACCCGCCGCGCCGGCCGCGCCGGCCUUCCAAGCCGCCGCGGCCCCGCCGCCGGUGCAGAGCGGCGCCUGGGGCGCGGGCUGGUCCGAGGCACCGGCGCCGACGCCGGCGCCCGCGCGCCAGAAGAGCGGCGACUCGCUCCCCGACUGGAUGAAGGGGUUCUG